AUGCAGCAAAACAAGAGUGUAACUGAGUUCAUACUGUUAGGAUUGACACAGGAUCCUCUGAGGCAGAAAAUGGUGUUCAUAAUUUUCUUAAUCUUCUACGCUGGAACUGUGGUGGGGAAUUUGCUCAUUAUUGUGACCAUUAAGUUCAGCCGGUCUCUUGGGAGUCCCAUGUACUUCUUCCUAUUUUACUUGUCCAUUGCUGAUACUUGCUUUUCAACUUCCAUAGCCCCUAGGCUAAUUGUGGACACUCUCUCUGCAAAGAAAAUCAUAUCCUAUAAAGAGUGCAUGAUGCAAGUCUUUGCACUGCAUUUAUUUGGCUGCAUGGAGAUCUUUGUCCUCAUCUUCAUGGCUGUUGAUCGCUGUGUUGCCAUAUGUAAGCCCUUGCAUUACCCAACCAUCAUGAGAAGACAGGUUUGCAUCAUCUUGAUUAUACUUGCCUGGACAGGGUCUUUUAUACAUUCUAUAGCUCAGAUUGCUCUGGCCUUGAAAUUGCAUUUUUGUGGACCUAAUUUAAUUGAUCAUUAUUGCUGUGACUUGCAACCCUUGUUAAACCUUGCCUGUAUGGACACUUAUAUGAUCAACCUGCUGUUGAUGUCCAAUAGUGGGGCCAUUUGUUCGAGCAGUUUCUUGCUUUUGAUGAUCUCAUAUUUUGUAAUCUUGCAUUCCCUGAGAAAUCACAGUGCAGAAGGGAGGAAAAAAGCCUUUUCCACUUGUACCUCUCACAUCAUCGUGGUUAUCUUAUUCUUUGGUCCGUGUAUAUUCAUAUAUACACGUCCUCCUACCACUUUCCCCAUGGACAAGGUGGUGACAGUAUUCUAUACUAUCGGGACACCCUUUCUCAACCCACUCAUCUAUACACUAAGGAAUGCAGAAGUGAAAAAUGCCAUGAGAAAGUUAUGGAGUAUCAAAAUUACCUCAGAAAGUAAAUGAUGAAAUAAGAGUAUG